AUCAAACCACUGCAACAGGCUCAAAACAAAUGCCUGCGGUGGCUGCUCGGUGCCUUCCGAACCACCCCGAUCGACGCUGCCCACCACCUUGCCAGCAUCAUGCCCAUUCGGUGGCAACUCCACAAGAUCUGCGACCGUGUCGCAAUCCGCCUGCACACCCUGCCUGCCAACUCACAGGUUCUCGCUCGCCUCCCUCACCCCUGGCCCCUCACAACGCACAGGCAGACCAAGCGUUCUGGCGCAGGUGCGUGCAUUCUACUGGCAGGUCAUAGUCUCCUCGAAAAGUCGUGGGGUCUCGGACGGCAGUCUGAGGUAUACGAUGCCGAAAUGUUUGCCUUGGCAGCAGCGGCCACGAACGUCGCCGCCCUCCUGCCUGACCACCCUGACGUAACACACAUCGUGUUCGCAUCGGAUAAUCGUGCGGCUGUGGAGUCCGCAUUGGACCUCCGCCCG